UCUACACCAGACAAAAUGAAGCUCAGUUUAACACUCCGAGUCGCGGGACUGUUCAUUCUUCUGAACCAACCAUCUCCAGCUCUCCCUUACUUUUCAAAUUUCACCUUGCCAACCAAUGAGCCUGACGAGCCAUUCCUGUACACGGUUGGACGCCAGAAGCUGAUUGAUGCCCAGUACAAAUGCUACCACCGGAUGGAACAGUUACCUCCAUAUGAAGGAGAAGGUCCCUACUGCAACCGCACCUGGGAUGGAUGGAUGUGCUGGGAUGACACUCCAGCUGGAGUGAUGGCCUACCAGUUAUGCCCAGAUUACUUUCCAGACUUUGACCCAGCAGAAAGUGUUACAAAAUACUGUGAUGAAAAUGGGGAUUGGUUUAAACACCCUGACAGCAAUCGAACCUGGUCCAACUAUACUAUGUGUAAUGCUUUCACUCCUGACAAACUGCAGAAUGCAUACGUUCUGUACUAUCUGGCUCUUGUGGGUCAUUCUUUGUCCAUUUUCACUUUGGUGAUUUCCCUGGGGAUCUUUGUGUGUUUCAGGAGCCUUAGUUGCCAACGGGUGACUCUGCACAAACACAUGUUCCUUACUUACAUUCUGAAUUCCAUGAUUAUUAUCAUCCACCUGGUGGAAGUCAUCCCCAAUGGAGACCUGGUGCGCAGGGAUCCGGUAAGCUGCAAGAUUCUGCACUUCUUCCACCAGUACAUGAUGGCCUGCAAUUACUUCUGGAUGCUCUGCGAGGGGAUCUAUCUGCAUACACUCAUUGUGGUGUCUGUGUUUACUGAGGAGCAACGUCUGCGCUAUUAUUACUUUCUUGGCUGGGGGUUCCCAUUGGUGCCCACCGUCAUCCAUGCCAUUACUCGGGCUCUUUACUACGAUGACAACUGCUGGCUGAGUGUGGAAACCCAUCUGCUUUACAUCAUCCACGGACCUGUCAUGGCGGCUUUAGUGGUCAACUUCUUCUUUCUGCUCAACAUUGUCCGGGUGCUUGUGACCAAGAUGAGAGAAACCCAUGAGGCUGAAUCACACAUGUACCUGAAGGCUGUGAAGGCCACCAUGGUUCUAGUGCCCCUGCUGGGGAUCCAGUUUGUCGUCUUUCCCUGGAGGCCCUCCAACAAGAUACUUGGGAAGAUAUAUGAUUACCUCAUGCACUCUCUGAUUCAUUUCCAGGGAUUCUUCGUGGCGACUAUCUACUGCUUCUGCAACAAUGAGGUGCAAACCACUCUGAAGCGCCAGUGGACUCAAUUUAAGCUCCAGCACUGGGGAACCGCCCUGACCAACCGCACUGCUCCUCAGGCUUCUCCGGCUGCUACUGCCUCGGCUGAGGCUGGCGACAUCGACUUACCGGUUUACAUCUGCCAUCGGGAACCACCAAGGGCCAACAACCAAGUUCUGGAGGGUGCUGAAAUCAUCCCUUUGAACACCGUUGAGCAAGAAUCAUCCGCUUGAGUGUGAAGCAAACCCAGCAUUGUGAUCACUGAGCCUUCAUUCCCUGGGGGAAGAUCCGACCAUGCAUUUAAAGUGAUCCUCACCCUCCCAGGA